AUGCGUGAAUUGGAAGAGAAACUUCGACAAAUUGAACAACUUUAUACUGAUCGUAAAAGUGAAGAAUAUUCUUCAUUAAUUUUAUUACGUGAAGAAAUAGCAAAAUUAGCAGAAGAAAAUCUAACACUUAAUCCAUCUUUAAAUGAUUCUUUAACAGCUAAUGUUAUAUUACAGAGUGAUUUACAAUCAUUUAAAACUCAAUUAAAUGAACGACAAACAAUGCUUUUACAAGGAAAACAAUUAUCAUCAAGUAAUUAUCGGGACAAAGAAUCAUUACAAACAAAUGUUCGCCAUCUUAUAUACAUUUCACUUGAUCAUACUCAUCUUAAGAGAUCGUCUCAACAUCGAUCAUCGAGACGACCGGUCAACAAUGCACGUUCAUCAACAAAACAUGCAAUUAAUCAUUCACUAGCAAUCACUCAAUCACCUGCAACAAAACAUAGUGAUGAAUUUCGUAGCAUUGCAAAAUCAUAUUUUCGUCGAUGUGAUGGCGUUAUUCUUGUUUAUGAUUCAACAUAUGAGCGUUCAUUUUUAAAUAUUCGAGAAUGGAUUAAUACAAUAACAGAUGCAACACUGAAAAAAGUUUCUGUUAUGAUUGUUGCAAAUAAAAUUGAUUUAAGCGAUCAAAUACGAGCAGAAGGAAAAUUCUUUCAAAAUUAUGUGUUACAGUUCUUUUUUUCUUAA